CAAAUUGAGCUCUAGCUAACCGGCCACGUACUAGCUAGACAACACAAGCAUCGUCAUCAAUGGCGGCGUCCCGUGCUGCCUCUUCGGUGUCGGUGGUCCUCUUCCUCGUCCUCGCCGCCUUCGCUGCCGGCGCCAGCGCGGCCACCUUCAACAUAAAGAAUAACUGCGGCUACACGGUGUGGCCAGCGGGCAUCCCGGUGGGCGGUGGCACGCAGCUGGACCCAGGCCAGACGUGGACCGUCGACGUGCCCGCCGGCACGAGCGGCAGGUUCUGGGGCCGCACCGGCUGCUCCUUCAACGGCGGGAGCGGCCACUGCGACAGCGCCGACUGCGCCGGGGCGCUGUCCUGCACGGUCUCCGGGCAGCCGCCGGCGACGCUGGCCGAGUUCACCAUCGGCGGCGCCCAGGACUUCUACGACAUCUCGCUGGUAGACGGCUUCAACCAGGCCAUGGACUUCUCGUGCAGCACCGGCGUGAACCUGCACUGCAGUGGCCCUGGAUGCCCCGACGCCUACCUCUUCCCCAACGAUGACACCAAGACCCAUGCGUGUGCCGGCAACAGCAACUACCAGGUCACCUUCUGCCCAUGAUCAGGCCGUCAGCUGGUCGUCGAACGAACGAUGCAUAUAUACAUGAUGAUAAUAUAUGUACUACUAUAUAUAGUGGAGAAUAAUUAAGCUGAUGAUGAUGAAUAAGGCGAUCGAUGUCGUGAAAUAAAAGUCGUCGCCCACGCGCGUGCAUGCAUGAUUGUAACUGGAUUUAUGUACCCGUAGCGCUUCAAAAUACGGAUGAUGAUGUAAUAAGUCUUUUUCGAUUAUCACAUACAUAAUGUUUUUAGACAAACAUGGCAUGUAAUUUGUGAUGAUCUCGGUUA